GCUGAUAUGGUGAUAUAAAAGGCAAAGUCAGAAGUCGACAUGUAGCCCUUUCCCUGGACUGUUCUGAGACAUGGACACGCAGAUGCCUUUUCACGAGCAGACUAUGUUCCACUUCGCCAGCGAUGUGAACGCUGAAGUGGCCCCGCGGUCCUUCUUUGGAGGUGCGGGAUGCCACGGCGCAUCACCGACUUACCACGUGGAGUAUCAUGAAGCAGGCGAGGACCUCCCCCAGGCCGCGGACGGGUUCGACUGCACAGGUGAGAGCGACGCCCGCAAAGCCCCGAGGCGGAAGCGCGUGAUUACGAACGUGCAGCGGCGAGCCGCCAACAUCCGCGAGCGCAGAAGGAUGUUCAGCCUGAACGAAGCUUUCGAUGAACUCCGGCGCAAAGUGCCGACCUUCGCCUACGAGAAGAGACUGUCGAGGAUCGAAACGCUGCGCCUGGCCAUCGUCUACAUCUCCUUCAUGACGGAGUUACUGGAGAAAUGAGUGGGAUUUAA